GUUCUUCCGUUGAUUUUUUGACACGAAAUCAAUUUUGAACAUGAUUUUUGUUUUUCAUCACAAAACAGGAGAAGUUGUUGUACAAAGCUGACGAAAUUGCCUGGAAGCUUGUUCGAUGAUUCCGCGCUAUUUUAAUUCCACUUGUUCAAUGUCGUGAUUCGAAUUUUUCUCUUUCCAGAAAAUAGAAUUUUCGACGUACAAAUUCUCCCGUUUCUUUCGAGGGAAGUUAGAAUUUCAAGGAGGAAUUGAUUUCAUAAAUUACAGGUCGAUUCUUUGAUCUCGUUGUACCGUUGGUCGUUUCUCGGUCGGAAGGCGAGUCCGGCCAGUGGCCGCGGACCACGAUUUCGAAGUCUUGGUGUUCGAAGCCCUCUAAUGAACUCUUUCGAGAAAACGCCUGAAAGGCGCUUACCUCUUUAUUCCGAUGGCUCUCCCUCUUCUUACGGUAAAGAUCAUUCAAAAUUGGGGCACAAGAAGCAAUUAAUCAGGAAACGAGGCGGAUUUGUAUUUCGAGUUUACGAGCAUGUUAAAUUGGGGCCUAAAUUCUCGGUUACUGCCAGAGGAAAAUUGAGAUUAGGGGCAAAAAUUAUACGACAAGGUGGUAGAAAGAACAUAUUCAAACAUGCUUUUGGGAUUGUAGAAGGAGAAGAGCUUUUGAAGGCCUCUCAAUGUUACUUAUCAACAAGCGCAGGACCCAUUGCAGGGCUUCUUUUCAUGUCCACACACAGGGUUGCUUUCUGCAGUGAGCAAAGUAUCACUUUCCCUUCACCAACUGGAGAACUGAUCAAAACUCAGUACAAGGUUAUGAUACCAUUAAAGAAGGUCAUAAAGGCCAACCAAAGCGAGAAUGUUAGUGAGCCAGAUAUGAAGUAUAUAGAAGUGGUGACGGAUGACAACUUUGAUUUCUGGUUUAUGGGAUUCUUGAGAUAUGAGAAGGCAUUUAAAACUCUCCGGAAGGCCAUUUCCAUGGCUCACAGAUGUUGAAGAAGAUGGUUGCAUCACAUUCUGGUGUGGUUUUUUGAAAGUUAGAAAAUUCUUAGGGAUUUCACAAACCACAUCUUUAGUGUCUCUAAGGGAUUGUUCUGUAUUUU